UCUUCCUCUUCUUCUUCAAGAGGAACAGAUAAGGUGUUUGUCUCUCCACUCACAGUGACGCCAAUCCAUGGCGUUCUCUCUCUAACUUCCCCCUAUCUCUCUCUCUCUUCCUUCCCAGAAAGUCCGCUGUCUCACCAACUAUGGCGUCCCAGGUUCUUCCUCAGGCAUUGAUUUCGAUUACGAGGAGUUCGCAGCACGGCGUUCCUAAGAAGCUUGGUUUCUCCGCGCUUGCGUCAGUCCGCUCCUCUCAUUUCGCCUCCGGCAGCGGGCUUACCCUUCCUAGGGUUUCUUCGAGGUCGAUCAGCUCGCAAAGGAGUCCAAUUUUCGCGGCAAUUGGGAGGCCGAGUUUCGUCGUGAGAGCUGAGUCGGGCGGUGAAGCAGAACCUGCUCCGGAGGAGAGUGCUGAAGGGGAGGCUGAAGCAGGUCCUGAAGCGGAAGCUGAGACAGAGGCCGAGGCUGGGGAGAAUGCUGAAGAAGCGAAGCCUCCGAGGACACCUCGGGUUAAGCUCGGAGAUAUAAUGGGGAUGCUAAAUAAAAGAGCAAUUGAAGCUUCGGAGCAGGUUAGGCCCGUGCCGGACUUGAGGACUGGAGAUAUUGUGGAGAUUAAGCUGGAAGUUCCUGAGAACAGGCGGAGGUUAUCUGUCUACAAAGGAAUAAUUAUAUCCAAACAGAAUGCGGGUAUCCACACGACUAUCAGGAUCAGGAGAAUCAUUGCCGGCAUUGGAGUUGAAAUUGUGUUCCCAGUGUACUCACCCAACAUCAAGGAGAUUAAAGUGGUCAACCACAGGAAGGUGAGGAGGGCAAGGUUGUACUACUUAAGGGACAAGCUUCCUCGGCUCUCCACUUUCAAGUAAUGAAACAGCUAGCAUCAGAUGCUGCCCGCUGCUGUCCUUUUUCGGGAUUAAGAGUUUCUGUAGUAUCACUAGCUUAUUCUUCGUACGUUAUUACCUCUGAUUUGCUUUCUUUACUUUAGAUCAUUGGGAAAUAGUUGAGGUUGAAUGGUAAGGUAUAAUUUGUAAAAUUCAAGACCCGGAAUGUUCUUUUCUUUUGUAAUGUAUCAAUGAAAUUCCAGUUUGUAGUCAUGACCUGCACACUUUGAACA